AUGUAUCAUCGAAGAGAAGAGAAGAUUCUGAAAGGUUGUGAUUGAUCUGAUCCUCUAUAUUUGGCAUUGGCAUUGGACUAUUUUUGGGAAGAAGUAAUGGCAGUGGGAAUGGGAAGUGAGGGUAUGGUUUUGACCACGUUGAUUUUGACGUCCGGGGCCAGCGGCCGAAUCCUUGGCUUCUUCAACGCCCUCCUUUUGCUCCUUCUCUAUCUCUUCCCCACCACCACCAUGCGCCUCGCCUCCUGGAAGAGUACCUCCACGUGGACGUCGACGAGGAGGGCGUUGGCCAUUCGGAGGGUGUUGGAGGAUGCAGAUUCAGAUGGAACCACAUUCAGGGAGUACCAUCUCUUUUCAACCUCAAGGUGUGACACCAUUUUUACCCAGUCUUGGAUUCCUCGCUCUCCUAGCAAUACCAUCAGGGGACUUGUUAUUCUUAUGCAUGGACUUAAUGAACACAGUGGCAGAUAUACUCAUUUCGCAAAGCACCUCAAUGCAAAUGGUUUCAAGGUUUACGGGAUGGAUUGGCUUGGCCACGGUGGAAGUGAUGGGUUGCAUGGUUAUGUCCAUUCUCUUGAUGAUGUUGUUUCUGAUACGAAAAUAUUUUUGGAGAAGGUUCUUAACGAAAAUCCUGGGCUUCCAUGUUUCUGCUUUGGACACUCAACAGGAGCAGCCAUUAUUCUUAAGGCUCUGCUUGACCCAAAGGUUGAAUCUCGCAUAGCUGGUGCUGUUUUGACAUCACCAGCAGUUGGUGUUUCCCCUUCUCAUCCAAUUUUGCUGGCACUUGCUCCUAUAGCUUCAAUUUUGCUGCCAACGUAUCAAUGUAGUUCUGCAUAUAAGAAGGGGUCACCAGUGUCUAGAGACCCAGAGGCGCUAAUUGCUAAAUAUUCUGAUCCAUUAGUAUGUACUGGACCUCUUAGAGUACGUACUGGUUAUGAGAUUCUCAGAAUUACAAGCUACUUGCAGCGAAAUCUGAGAAAAUUGAGAGUUCCAUUUUUUGUUCUCCAUGGCACUGCUGAUUCCGUGACUGAUCCCAUUGCUUCACAAAAAUUAUAUGUAGAAGCCUCCUCAUCUGACAAAACUAUCAGACUAUACGAUGGUUUCUUACAUGACCUGCUCUUUGAACCCGAACGAGAUGCUAUCACACAGGACAUAAUUCAAUGGCUAAACAAUAGAGUAUGAAUAUACUAAGUAGGUGUCAGUGAAAAUAUAUCAUGAAAAUUGAAGAAGCACCUUUGUCUUGGGUGGGUAAUUUCUGCCUCUUUGUAGAGGAAAGAAAUUUGAAGCUGAAGCUGCAUAAAUUGAGGCAUUCUUUUAUCUUGAAAUCUUAAGACCAUAUAUCAGCUUCUUUUAUGGUUAGGAUCUUUUCUCCGAUCCAGUAGUUAUCCAUGGAGCGCAGUAAGUAUAUACCUUCAGUUAGUUUUUUUUUUCCUUUGUCAAGUUUGUCCAUAGAAAGUAUGUACCAUUUUCUUUGUCGAUCAUUUUUUGUGAUGAUUAUUAGCAUUUGUGCCAACCAACAAGUGGGCCAGUGCUUGCACUGUUUAAAUUGUAAUAACAAAGUUUUAUAUCAUUUGGCUCGGUUGAAGUUUUAAACAUGUUAUU